AUGCCUUGGAUGAGACUAAUUUCAAGAUCGUGAAUAUUCCUCUGUAUCAUGGCCCACGUGAGACACUUUCGGACAUUAGUUUCGGGAUUUUAUUUUUGGGAAGCGGCACUACUACUCAGUUUGGUUGCAACAAAGGAAACAGAUAGUGCAAGAUCUCGAAGUGCUCCAAUGUCACCGUCUGACUUUCUGGAUAAGUUAAUGGGGAGGACAUCAGGGUAUGAUGCAAGAAUCAGACCCAAUUUUAAAGGCCCUCCAGUUAAUGUCACAUGCAACAUAUUCAUAAACAGCUUUGGCUCUAUUGCUGAGACAACCAUGGAUUACAGAGUGAAUAUCUUUCUUCGUCAGAAAUGGAAUGAUCCUCGCCUUGCAUAUAGUGAAUAUCCUGAUGACUCCUUAGACCUAGACCCUUCCAUGUUGGACUCCAUUUGGAAACCUGAUCUAUUUUUUGCCAAUGAAAAGGGUGCCAACUUCCACGAAGUUACUACAGACAACAAAUUAUUAAGAAUUUUCAAGAAUGGAAAUGUCCUUUAUUCAAUAAGAUUGACAUUAAUACUUUCCUGUCCAAUGGAUCUCAAGAAUUUUCCGAUGGAUGUGCAAACAUGCAUAAUGCAACUGGAGAGCUUUGGAUACACAAUGAAUGAUCUCAUUUUUGAAUGGCAAGAUGAGGCACCUGUACAAGUGGCAGAAGGACUCACUCUGCCCCAGUUUCUGUUGAAAGAAGAGAAAGAUUUACGAUAUUGCACUAAACAUUAUAACACAGGAAAGUUUACGUGUAUAGAAGUGCGAUUCCACCUUGAACGACAAAUGGGCUACUACCUGAUCCAGAUGUACAUUCCCAGUCUCCUGAUUGUUAUUCUGUCGUGGGUUUCAUUCUGGAUCAAUAUGGAUGCUGCUCCAGCCAGGGUAGCUUUGGGAAUAACUACUGUGCUGACAAUGACCACACAGAGUUCAGGAUCACGAGCUUCCUUACCAAAGGUAUCAUAUGUCAAAGCUAUUGACAUUUGGAUGGCAGUAUGCCUCCUUUUUGUGUUUUCAGCACUUCUGGAAUAUGCAGCUGUAAAUUUUGUUUCAAGACAACACAAAGAACUUCUGAGAUUUCGACGAAAGAGAAAGAAUAAGACAGAAGCUUUUGCAUUGGAGAAGUUUUACCGUUUCUCAGACACGGAUGAUGAGGUAAGGGAAAGUCGGUUCAGCUUCACAGCCUAUGGAAUGGGACCGUGUCUGCAAGCAAAAGACAGUGGAACUCCCAAGGGCCCAAACCACCCCGCCCAGGGCCCGCCGAAAAGCGCCGAGGAAAUGAGGAAGGUCUUUAUUGACCGGGCCAAGAAGAUUGACACCGUCUCCCGAGCCUGCUUCCCGUUAGCCUUUUUGAUUUUUAAUAUUUUCUACUGGGUUAUCUACAAAAUUCUUAGGCAUGAGGAUAUUCAUCAGCAAUAA